AUGGAACGCUGGCGAGGUCGUGUAGCGCUCAUCACAGGCUGUAGCGUCGGAAUCGGAGCCGCCGUGGCCAAGCAUCUGGCAGCGCUUGGCAUCAACGUUGUCGGCUGUGCAAGGAAUCUUGAAAAGCUAACCGAAGUUGCCCAGUCGAUUCCGUCGCCAGGCAAAGGCACUGCCUCCUCAGGCUCCUUUACGCCCGUUCAGUGCGAUGUGCGCGACGAGACGGCCGUUCUGAAUGUCUUCAGUCUGAUCAAAGCCAAGUUUGGCAGAUUGGACAUUUGCAUCAAUAACGCCGGUUUGGCGAAGACCUCGCCAUUGACUACCGGCGACACUGAUGACUGGCGCCUGAUGCUGGAGGUAAACGUCCUCGGCCUGUCCAUUGUGGCUCGCGAGUCGGUGAAGCUGAUGACCGAGUCGGCGAUUGCAGAGGGACACAUCUUCAACAUCGGCUCUAUGGCCGGUCACCGAUUGCCCGGCAGCCCAGAGACGAACUUCUACUCGGCCACCAAGUUUGCCGUGCGCACUCUGACCGAGGGACUUCGACGAGAGCUGCGAGCUGAAAAGCGGCCAAUCAAGGUGACGCUCAUCUCGCCGGGCAUCGUCGAGACG